UGGAUGAGUGCACGAAUCAGCUCAAUACCUACGUCCGUUGCUUUCUUUGUUCAUGUUGUAGCGGCACACUUGUACACACAAAGAAGAAAAGGAGCGGGUGAAGAGGACUUAGGUUUUGCUGUAGCGGUCUCGCUCCAUCCAGUGCUUUAGUGCCGAGCCUUCUAAAUAGACGUCUCGCGAUGUGUCAUGCGCGCAACUUUGCAUCAGUGGUGUCAUAACACACGGUAUAUUACACAGCUUCUGCUCAUCUUGUGCCCGUCAAAAUAUAGCCCAUCUCUGCACCGUUGACAACAAUUAGCUGCAAGUGCUGAUUGCUGCUGGUUGGCUCAGUCCAGAAUCUGUUGGCAUGUCGAUGAAGCAGGGUGCUUUGAUCAUGUUCUGCUGCAAAGGUGAAGUGGACGAGUCGAUGAACAGCGGCGAGCUGGAUGCCUGCGGGAUGUGGUCAUUGGACAGUGGUGUGGACACUUUUGAUGAAUCGUGGUCGUCGUCGUCAAAGAGUAACGAGCAGGCCACACAAAUGCGAUGAGCGUAGCUGAAAGCAUCAUUGCCAAAAUGGCAUGCCAUGCCCCUUCAAAUAUCGGUGGUCAGGUCGAGGUUGGCAUGCAGUGCAGCUUGUCUCUUGCUGACAAGUCUGUUGGGUGCUCGUUCAAACCAGGGAGCGAGUCUAGGAGCGUGCAGACUACGGAGGCAGUGGAUCAGUUAAGCUCCACCUCAGCAUUGGGGCCUUCAAUUUCUGCGUCAACUGCCAAAUUUGACAACUCAAAGCAAGGAUGCCUCUACCGAUGUCAGCUAUGUGACUAUGUGGCUGAUGAACUAUUUCUUCUGGAAGCACACGCCAGCAUCCAUACUGGCGAGAAGCCAUUUCAUUGCCCUUCAUGCUCUCGGAGCUUCUCACGCAAGUGUUAUCUGAAUGUCCAUUUGCGGACUCACACAGGCGAGAGGCCAUUUGACUGCCCUUCAUGCUCUCGGAGCUUCUCACAAAAGCCCCACCUGAGAGCCCACCUGCGCACCCACACAGGCGAGAAGCCAUUUGACUGCCCUUCAUGCUCUCGGAGCUUCUCAGUAAAGGGCCACAUGAAAGCCCACCUGCGCACCCACACAGGCGAGAAGCCAUUUGAUUGCCCUUCAUGCACUCGGAGCUUCUCACGGAAGAGCGGCCUGAAAGCCCACCUGUGCACCCACACAGGCGAGAAGCCAUAUCAGUGCCCUUCAUGCUCUCAGAGCUUCUCAAUCAAGAGUUACCUGAAAGCCCACCUGCGCACCCACACAGGCGUGAAGGCAUUUGACUGCCCUUCAUGCUCUCGGAGCUUCUCAGAAAAGCGCCACCUGAAAGCCCACCUCCGCACCCACACAGGCGAGAAACCAUUUGACUGCCCAUCAUGCUCUCGGAGCUUCUCAGAAAGUAGCAGCCUGAAAACCCACCUGCGCACCCACACAGGCGAGAAACCAUUUGACUGCCCAUCAUGCUCUCGGAGCUUCUCACAAAAGUCCAACCUGAAAGUCCACCUGCGCACCCACACAAGCAAGAAGCGAUAUCAGUGCCCUUCAUGCUCUCAGAGCUUCUCAAUCAAGGGUCACCUGAAAGCCCACCUGCACACCCACAGGCAAGAAGCCAUAUCAGUGCCUUUCAUGCUCUCGGAGAUUCACACGAAAGGGCCACCUUAGGAAACACAUGAGGCGAGAAGCCAUUUCAUUGCCCACUCUGCCUUCAGUGAUUCUCGUUGAAGAAUGCCCUGUAGGUACACCGGUGCAUUCAUACAAGUGACCGGCCAAAUAGUUACAUUGCCUGCUUCAGGUCCUCAUCACUUGAACAGACUUGGAGAGCACAGCACCAUGAUUCAAUUCAAUUCAAUUCACUUUAUUUUUUCAACACCACAAUGUUGAGGACCGCGAACAAAAAGCCUUUUAUGGAUUGACAAGGUCUGCAGCCCUUUUUAACAAGCAGUGACAGAGCAUAGGGUUAGGUAUUACAUAUUAAGCUAGAAUUGCCUAAGUCCCAAUAACACGAGUGUCAGACAUAAUGCAUAUAUAUAAUAUAUACAUACAUAUAUGUGUAAAAUGAAUUCAAGUGAAACAAUGUAUACUCACGUACAAUUGAAACUGAAAGAAUUAACGCUAAUUACUAAUGCACAUUAUACAUAUAUGAAAACAAAUGUGUCACACAAGACAUACUGCAAUGCACAAUUCGGCAAAUACACUGUUACAAAAACACUUUCUUCCAUUUUUCCAUACUGUAGGGUAGUUUAACAAUCUCGUUGAACUAGAGUUUGAAUUAAAAAUCUACAUUCGUGUAGCAUGUUACGUAGUGUUCUACUGCAUCAGGUAGCACAAGUGUCUCCACAUGGUCCUGAGAGCAAGCUUUAACUCGGGCCCAUCUUCGAUGCCGCCUAUUUAAAUACAUGUAAAAUGCAGAAAUGCUUUUCUGAAAUAACCAGUGGGCUGAUUGUAAGGAAAUUUGAUACAUUUAAGAGAAAAAGCUAAAUUCUGGUGACUGCUGGGAGCAUAAUUGAGUUUGAAGGCCUGAAUGUUAUAACAGGAAUUUGCAAAUAUUUUUCAUCUUUAAAAACAAUUGGAGCAAGAACUUUAUAAAUUUUUAACUCUGCACCUGGAAUAGAUAUCGUAGCUCGGUAAACUGCAUACGCUAGAUAUUCCAAAGUAGACAAAUUUGAUGUAUCAAUGUAUAUCUUGUCAACUUGUUACACUGUUUACAGGGACAUUUGCAGAUGUCCUAUUCAUUUAUUAGUGGCUUAUUUUAACGCUCUGUUUUAUCCCUAAAUAUUGCCCACUUUAGGUGUCCUAUUUCGAACAUUUUGCAGAAUUGUGGUAUUUUUCAUUGCUGAGUUACCAGAGGUGUAAAUUUGAUAAUGUCGUUUUUUGAAAAUUCGUGAUUUUCAACAAUACCUAUUAAAAGACUGAUGGCGUAAAUCAAAAAUUCACUACCAACAGUCACUACAUUCUAUUUCUUUUGUAUGCAACAAACCUUAUCUGGUUUCGUGCUGUAGUUGUCAAAAAAAAAAUGAUCUCUCCUUUCCCAUGUAUGUAGAUAGGAGCCUCCAAGCUGAAUCUUGCUCUUAAAGGGUCUCUGAAACACUUUUGUGGGGUUACCAUAUUUUCUCUAGAUCUUUUCUCAACACGUAAUGGAACACAGAGCAAAAGGAUUUACGAGAACUAACCCACAUAUAGCUGUGGCUGAGAAAAAAGUCAAAAUACAGUUAAACUUUAAUUAAAUGAAGUCAGCAAAACAGCUAUUUGCUUUGUUAUAUUGUGGCUUUUCAUUAUUUGAAAAGUAAUUGAUGUUCAUUCGUGCCUUCAAAAUUGCUGUUUGCAUGCCACUACAAACUGUACGUUCAUUGUAAUAAUUGUUACACUACAGAUGUCUAAAUAAUGUCUUCUUUAGGCUCUGUUUUUUUUUUUCAGUGUUCUCUUUGGCAUAUAUGAACUUGUUCUCUUAGACCAAUUCAUGUAUUUGUUGGCUCUUGGUUCUGGUCUACAUGGUUCAUCGUGGAUUCUUUUGAUCUUAUUCUAUUCGGGCCUUUCUUUUUUUUUUUACAAAUGGGUACUUUUUUAGAGGAAUUGAUUGUUCAGUAAGCUAGCUUUCCACUGUCUGUUUCAACAGAGCAUCAAAUAAAUGCCAUUGUUUGGUGAGUA